CGUUUCAGCGGUGAUAGGAUAAAGCAGGGACAUUAAGAAAUAAAUUCCCCCUCACGACCCUCACUGAGCUCGCUGCGCGGUCCCUGCAUAUUGAUGCAGCCGCAGGGCGCGAGCGGCUACUUAGCACAGCGGCUGCUUCUAGGGGCAGCUGCGGCCGGGGUGAGCCAGGUUGCGCAAGGGGAAGCUGGCAGCUUCCAGUCCUGAACUUGGCUGGGCUAGAGCGGAGCGAGGCGGGAGCAAAAGGCUGGGAGGGGGCGGGGAGCGCUUGCUCUGGAAGCUCCUACCCUGUGGCGCUGUUGGAGCCCGGAGCAUCCUGCCCCGGAGCGAGGCUCUGGAUCCGCGCGCUCAGCAGCUGCGGGAGGAGGAGGCGCGGAAGACGGGGUGAUCAGCGUGAUCCACAGCCCUGGAACUGCGCGGGCUCGGCAGCAGCUCCAGGUAGGAGCCCCUACAUCACCUCUGCAUCUGACCAGCUGGUGACCAAGAUGCCCAGAGCCUAGUUCCCAUGUUUGUGCGUCACAGUCAUCAGACACGGCAAGCCUUCAGUCUUCCUGACCUGUUGCUUAGGGACACAACCCAUCACUGACGUCUGCCUGGUCAACCUUGACUUCCUUAGAGAAUAAGGAAGGGGGCGGGGACACAUGAAAUCAUGCCACCCAAGGCCGAACAGCAAUGAGCAGGUGACGUCAAGUUGACGUCAAAGACAGAGGCGACAGAAACUCUGCAGCCGGUUCUUGCCCGGAGUAGCUCAGGUUCCUGUGGGAGUCAUCUUGGCUUGGAGGUCUUCUGAAGGACACAGAUACCAUGGAAGAGCACACAUUUGGGGUCCAGCAGAUCCAACCCAACGUCAUUUCUGUCCGUCUCUUCAAACGCAAAGUGGGAGGUCUGGGCUUCCUGGUGAAGGAACGGGUCAGCAAGCCCCCCGUGAUCAUCUCAGACCUGAUCCGAGGAGGUGCAGCGGAGCAGAGCGGCCUUAUCCAAGCUGGCGACAUCAUUCUCGCCGUCAAUGAUCGGCCCCUGGUAGACCUCAGCUAUGACAGCGCUCUGGAAGUUCUCAGGGGCAUUGCCUCUGAGACCCAUGUGGUCCUCAUUCUGAGAGGCCCUGAGGGCUUCACUACACACCUGGAGACCACCUUCACAGGGGAUGGAACCCCCAAGACCAUCCGGGUGACCCAGCCCCUGGGGACACCCACCAAAGCUGUCGAUCUGUCUCGCCAGCCAUCAGCCAGCAAAGACCAGCCAUUAGCAGUAGACAGGGUCCCAGGUCCCAGUAAUGGACCUCAGCAUGCCCAAGGCCAUGGACAGGGAGCCGGCUCAGUCUCCCAGGCUAAUGGUGUGGCCAUUGACCCCACAAUGAAAAAUACCAAGGCCAACCUCCAGGACAGCGGAGAACAGGAUGAACUGCUCAAAGAGAUAGAGCCUGUGUUGAGCAUCCUCACCGGUGGGGGCAAAGCAGUCAACAGAGGGGGACCAGCCAAAGCAGAGAUGAAAGACACAGGAAUCCAGGUGGACAGAGACCUCGAUGGCAAACCGCACAAAGCUCCGCCCCUGGGCGGGGAGAAUGACCGAGUCUUCAAUGAUCUUUGGGGGAAGGGCAACGUCCCUGUGGUCCUCAACAACCCGUAUUCAGAGAACGAACAGUCUCCUGCCUCGGGCAAACAGUCUCCUACCAAGAAUGGCAGUCCUUCCAGGUGCCCUCGCUUCCUUAAGGUCAAGAACUGGGAGACAGAUGUGGUCCUCACCGACACCCUGCACCUGAAGAGCACACUGGAAACGGGGUGCACAGAGCACAUCUGCAUGGGCUCCAUCAUGCUGCCAUCCCAUCACAUACGGAAGUCAGAAGAUGUCCGCACCAAGGACCAGCUCUUCCCUCUAGCCAAAGAAUUUCUCGACCAAUACUACUCCUCCAUUAAGAGGUUUGGCUCCAAGGCCCACAUGGACAGGCUGGAGGAGGUGAACAAGGAGAUCGAGAGCACCAGCACCUACCAGCUCAAGGACACAGAGCUCAUCUAUGGCGCCAAGCACGCCUGGCGGAAUGCCUCUCGCUGUGUGGGCAGGAUCCAGUGGUCCAAGCUGCAGGUGUUCGAUGCCCGAGACUGCACCACAGCCCACGGCAUGUUCAACUACAUCUGUAACCACGUCAAGUACGCCACCAACAAAGGGAACCUCAGGUCGGCCAUCACUAUAUUCCCUCAGAGGACUGAUGGCAAGCAUGACUUCCGAGUGUGGAACUCGCAGCUCAUCCGCUAUGCUGGCUACAAGCAGCCAGAUGGCUCUACCUUGGGAGAUCCAGCUAAUGUGGAGUUCACAGAGAUCUGUAUACAGCAGGGCUGGAAACCCCCAAGAGGCCGGUUUGAUGUGCUGCCUCUCCUGCUCCAGGCCAAUGGCAACGACCCUGAACUCUUUCAGAUCCCCCCAGAGCUGGUGCUGGAAGUUCCCAUCAGGCACCCCAAGUUCGACUGGUUUAAGGACCUGGGGCUCAAAUGGUAUGGCCUCCCUGCUGUGUCCAACAUGCUGCUGGAGAUUGGGGGCCUGGAGUUCAGCGCCUGUCCCUUUAGUGGCUGGUACAUGGGCACGGAAAUUGGCGUCCGUGAUUACUGUGACAACUCGCGAUACAACAUCCUGGAGGAAGUAGCCAAGAAGAUGGAUUUGGACAUGAGGAAGACAUCCUCCCUCUGGAAGGACCAAGCCCUGGUGGAGAUUAACAUUGCUGUCCUAUACAGCUUCCAGAGUGACAAGGUGACCAUUGUGGACCACCACUCUGCCACGGAGUCCUUCAUCAAACACAUGGAGAAUGAGUACCGCUGCAGAGGGGGCUGUCCCGCCGACUGGGUGUGGAUUGUGCCCCCCAUGUCGGGCAGCAUCACCCCUGUCUUCCACCAGGAGAUGCUCAACUACCGGCUCACCCCAUCCUUUGAGUACCAGCCUGAUCCAUGGAACACCCACGUGUGGAAGGGCACCAACGGGACCCCCACGAAGCGGCGAGCCAUUGGCUUCAAGAAAUUGGCAGAGGCUGUCAAGUUCUCAGCCAAGCUGAUGGGACAGGCCAUGGCCAAGAGAGUCAAAGCGACCAUUCUCUACGCCACCGAGACAGGCAAAUCCCAAGCCUAUGCCAAGACCCUGUGCGAGAUCUUCAAGCAUGCCUUCGAUGCCAAGGCUAUGUCCAUGGAGGAGUAUGACAUCGUGCACCUGGAGCACGAAGCCCUGGUCUUGGUGGUCACCAGCACCUUUGGCAAUGGAGACCCCCCAGAGAACGGGGAGAAAUUUGGCUGUGCUUUAAUGGAGAUGAGGCACCCCAACUCUGUGCAAGAGGAGAGGAAGUACCCGGAACCCUUGCGUUUCUUUCCCCGUAAAGGGCCUUCCCUCUCCCAUGCUGACUUUGAAGCCCACAGUCUGGUUGCUGCCCGUGACAGCCAGCACAGGAGCUACAAGGUCCGAUUCAACAGCGUCUCCUCCUAUUCUGACUCCCGCAAGUCAUCAGGUGACGGACCGGACCUGAGAGACAAUUUUGAAAGUACUGGACCGCUGGCCAAUGUGAGGUUCUCAGUCUUCGGCCUGGGCUCUCGGGCAUACCCUCACUUCUGUGCCUUUGGGCACGCAGUGGACACUCUCCUGGAGGAGCUGGGCGGGGAGAGGAUUCUGAAGAUGAGGGAGGGGGAUGAGCUCUGCGGACAGGAAGAGGCUUUCAGGACCUGGGCCAAGAAAGUCUUCAAGGCAGCCUGUGAUGUGUUCUGCGUAGGGGAUGAUGUCAACAUUGAGAAGGCGAACAAUUCCCUCAUUAGUAAUGACCGCAGCUGGAAGAGGAAUAAAUUCCGCCUCACUUACGUGGCAGAAGCUCCAGAGCUGACCCAAGGUCUUUCCAAUGUUCACAAAAAGCGAGUCUCAGCCGCCCGACUUCUCAGCCGCCAAAACCUGCAAAGUCCUAAAUCCAGCCGAUCGACCAUCUUCGUGCGUCUCCACACCAACGGGAAUCAGGAGCUGCAAUACCAGCCAGGGGACCACCUGGGUGUCUUCCCUGGCAACCAUGAGGAUCUCGUGAAUGCACUCAUUGAACGGCUGGAGGACGCGCCGCCUGCCAACCAUGUGGUGAAGGUGGAAAUGCUGGAGGAGAGGAACACGGCUCUGGGUGUCAUCAGUAAUUGGAAGGAUGAAUCUCGCCUCCCACCCUGCACCAUCUUCCAGGCCUUCAAGUACUACCUGGACAUCACCACACCGCCCACGCCCCUGCAGCUGCAGCAGUUCGCCUCCCUGGCCACCAAUGAGAAAGAGAAGCAGCGGCUGCUGGUCCUCAGCAAGGGGCUUCAGGAAUAUGAGGAGUGGAAAUGGGGAAAGAACCCCACAAUGGUGGAGGUGCUGGAGGAGUUCCCGUCCAUCCAGAUGCCGGCCACACUUCUCCUCACGCAGCUAUCACUGCUACAACCUCGCUACUAUUCCAUCAGCUCCUCUCCAGACAUGUACCCCGACGAGGUGCACCUCACCGUGGCCAUUGUGUCCUACCACACUCGAGAUGGAGAAGGACCGGUUCACCACGGAGUGUGCUCCUCCUGGCUCAACCGAAUACAGGCUGACGAUGUCGUCCCCUGCUUCGUGAGAGGUGCCCCUAGCUUCCACCUGCCUCGAAACCCCCAGGUGCCUUGCAUCCUGGUUGGCCCAGGCACUGGCAUCGCUCCCUUCCGAAGUUUUUGGCAACAGCGACAAUUUGACAUCCAACACAAAGGAAUGAAUCCGUGCCCCAUGGUUCUGGUCUUUGGAUGUCGACAAUCCAAGAUAGAUCAUAUCUACAGAGAGGAGACCCUGCAGGCCAAAAACAAGGGCGUCUUCAGAGAGCUGUACACUGCCUACUCCCGGGAACCCGACAGGCCAAAGAAAUAUGUACAGGACGUGCUGCAGGAACAGCUGGCCGAGUCUGUGUACCGCGCCCUGAAGGAGCAAGGAGGCCACAUUUAUGUCUGUGGGGACGUUACCAUGGCCGCCGAUGUCCUCAAAGCCAUCCAGCGCAUCAUGACCCAGCAGGGGAAACUCUCGGAGGAGGAUGCUGGUGUGUUCAUCAGCAGGCUGAGGGAUGACAACCGGUACCACGAGGACAUCUUUGGAGUCACCCUCAGAACGUAUGAAGUGACCAACCGCCUUAGAUCUGAGUCCAUCGCCUUCAUUGAAGAGAGCAAAAAAGACACAGAUGACAGGGUUUUCAGCUCCUAACUGGAUCCUCCCGCCCCAUGGGAUGUGGGGUGGCUGCCCCGAGUGCCCACGCGAGGGCGGCCGCAAGUUGACUAAACGGGGACACACACGGCUGAACCUUCCCCACGGGACCCCGAGUGGCCCCACCCUGCCUCUCGUCCUGUUGCUAUGUCCUGGUCCUUCUUCCCUCUCUGGGCUUCUCUCAACCCCAACCCUGGGUUUUCUCCUAGACUCCUGGGCUGCGAUGCAUCACCCUUGUGACCCUGCAGUGGCUCUUACAAAACCACAUCCUCCCCACCCGCUUGCUGCCAAGGGCGGGUUGCGGUGCAUGAAACCGCUGGGUCAUGGCUGUCACUCCUGUUGGGGGUCUGAAGGUGGCUGGCACUGGGCCUCAGGUCACCCUGAGCCAGUCCCUUGGCCACUUCAGCCCUUUUCCAUCCUCUUUUUAUGAUGGUGUGUGUGAGAGAGGGGGCGGGGUGAGAAAUUCUCUGUCCUUUUGUCUACACAUGCGUGCUGACCUUACCUGUGAGUCCACCACCUUCGUGAAGGAUGCUCCGAGCCAUGAAACAUGGUCCUAGAUAUCGUUAAUCCCACCCACGUCCACCAUGACAGGCCUGUGUCCUCCUCCCUGAAACACAGCAGGCCCCCUUACUAAUCACAGGCACAUGUGGAGAGGAAGGGGUCCCUGUGGAGGACCCAACCACAGAAUCUGAGGUGUUCAGAGUCUGACCCUCUUGGCAGAGGUCUGUCUGGGAAAUUUAACCAGACAGUGGAUCGGCCAAGCCCCUCCCCAUUCUCACCAACCCCAGCUGGGACCACAGGAUGUUGAACUGUCUUCCCCAGGCCCAGCAGCCAUGCCGCGCCAAGAAGCAUGCUGGGUGUAAGGUCUUUGCCAUCAAGGGUAUUUGGGUAACAUUUCAAAGUUUGUCCUCAUUAAAUGGAUGGGUGGGCCUUUUUAGUGCUUUGGAGCCUUGGUAGAUGUCAGGGAGGAAUAGGGUAGCUGCUUUUCAUUCCUCCUGCUUGACAAUAAUUCCCUUCCCCCAAAAUGAGCAGUAUAGGCAAGAAAAUUCUAGCCUUGACCAGUGGACCCUCAGAGCUAACCCUCUCUGAGGCAUUGUGGUGGUCCCUUAUCUGAUUAAACAAAUAAAUAAUGAAUAAAUAAAAGUUAUAUCAGACAGUACUGACAGACAAUAAAGAAACCCCCCAGGGUGCCCAGGCUCAAGUCCCAUGUUCUGUGCUCCUGUUUGGUUUGGGGAGGCAGGAAAAACCAAAACACAACACAACCAUUUCCUCUAUGUCCUAAGCUGGGACCUGCUGUCCUAAUGCUAAGGACAAGGACAGUCAAACAGAAAAUGCUGAAGACUUUACAGCUGUGGGGUCCAAAACCCCAAGGGCUCCGAUCCCACCCCCAUUCUUUCUCGGUUUUUGUCUCUCUUUCUUCCUUUCCUUUCUAUUUCCCCCAGGGUCUCCUGUUACCCAGGCUGACUUCCAACCCACAACCUUUCAUUUCUAACCCUACCUCAUCACAUCCAGUUUAUGAUUUUGCCAGAGGCUCAAAGCCAGAACCUCCUGCAUGUUGGACAAGCACUCUACCAACUGAGCUACAUCCCCAGCCUUCAGUCCCCACCCCCCGAGUCCAGAGACAGGUCUCAUGUGGCACUGGACAACCCUGCCAUCACUAGCAUGUGAACCUGGUCCUAGUUGGAAUCUCACCCAGCCUACCUUAGUACUAGUGUUUCCUACUUGAUCUCCCAUGCCUGUGGAGACUAAGCCCCCACUACCCCAGAGCUAUCUUCUGUAGCCCAAAGGCAAGGCAGUUGACCUCCUACUGACUUCCAACCCAAUCCAGGGACAUUCUUCUCAACCCUUCAAGCCUCUGGUGACACUUAAGAUGUAGCUGAUUCCUCUCAUCUGAACUGCUGUGUCCAACCUCCAUUGAAGAGCCUUUUCUCCCUCCCUCUCCCUCUGCAAGCCAAGCUGCAUGCACCCGUGCAUGAGUGGUUCUUGCACCCCUGAAUAAGGAAUGCUUCCUCUGUGACAGGCUCCUCCCUACCCCCGGAUAUCCCGGUGCUGCCAGUAGCGAGUGGACAGAUGGGAGUGCCGUGUCAUUUGCCAGAGUACAAAGACACGAUUACAUAAUCAGGUUCAAGAGGGACUUCUGCUUAUCAGUGCUAGGGAUGGGACCCAGGACCUCGCCCACGCAAGGCUGAGCUAUGUCCCCAACCCCCAAGACAGAAUAUUUUAAAAACACAUUUGAACUCUUGACACUUCCAGCUCCCUCAGCUCCUGGCUAGAAGGCUUGAGAUCAGUUGGAUACCCUUCUCUCCUUUUCCAAAAACGCCCCUAAGUAGCUUAUCCACCAAAAAAAAAAAAAAAAAAAAAACAAAACCGAAGCAAGGUGGUCGUCUGGGGUGAGUCGAUACUGCCCUCUGCUGGUUGUUUUUAGUUCAAGCCCACAGCCAGCAACAAGCAACAAAGUAUGUCUUAGAAUAGGACUGGUUUGUUUGCCUCACCUUCUCUGAGGUUGAUAGUAGCUCCCAACCCAUUUCACAAGAGGAGGUUUGGCCAUUACGCUCUCAGCUAUUCCUGCAACCACAGUCCCCAAGAAGUUCAGCCCAUGGGAGAGGAGAGCUUCCCUACAUAUCCUCAGAGAAAUCAGGUGACUUUUUCCCGGAGGUGGGGGUGGGGGGUGUUUAGGUCCC